UCCUGAAGCCAUUUCUGGACGGGGGAAACGAGAGUUGCGCUACUUUUUAAUCCAUUGCAUCUGCCUAAAUGCACCUUCUUAAGGAAAAAUACUUUACAAAAGUCGAUGAAUCAGACUUUCAUCUUCACUUCUGUAUGAUUAUUUUUGUAAUUUGUGCGACGGAUUAGCAGCCGUAAGGGCUUGAAAGUACGGAGACAAGAAAGGGGUUACCCCGAGUACGCAAGAUGAGAAGAGGGAUCUCCUCGGCUCCGGACAAAGUGAUUUUAACGGGGGUUGGGAGCUCUCCUCUGGACAAUAAUAUAAUUUUAACAACUCUAUCGGAUCGUUUAAACCCCGGUCAAUCAAACGCCACCUUUAUCCAAAUUAUUACCACCCCUCCGCCUUGCAACGUUACACAGACUUCAACUGUGUGUUUAUCUGAACCUCAGAUAAACAACAUUUAUACAACUCCUCAACAAGCUGCAGCAAACGGAGCAGGACAACGACCCACUCUUGGGAGACCACCGGUAAUGAUUUAUCCAGCUCGUUUGACCAUGUUGGGCUGGCUACAACUAGCCACAAACACGACUACAUGUUAGCCCGCUAUGCUAGCCGAGCUUGUUGUUCGGGCAGCUAAUGUUAGCCGCUUUUAGCCAGCGAGGUGGCUAACUAACUACCGCUAGCUAAGUUACCCAAGUGGUCUAGUUAAGUGAUUUGAUGAAUGUAGGGUCUCAAAUGUCGAGUUAAAGUUAGUUCUGCGGUCACGUAAGCGUGGAAAUGCCGUGUUAUAUCGGGCUAUGCUAACUUCAUGGUGCUUUUGAGUCCGCUUCAGCCAGAUGGAAAUCUUGGUAAGAGAUGAGUAAGGUUAGCGCUGGCCUACUGGCUGCUGUUUGGGUCUUAAUUUUGGGGGGUUGGGGGGAUUGUUUCGUUGCUCGGCUCAUAGUUAGCCCACAUUUAGCAUUCUUUUGUAUGACGAGUGGUCAAACUUGCAAAUAUGUGGACUUAAUUGACGCCAAAGCUUCACUUCAGUUUCAAGACAACUCGAUAGAUAUUUGUCCCAGUUGUCUCUGAACGUGCAAGCCAACUUAGAUGAAGCUUGUAAAUGUGUUAGCUCUCAGGGCUAGCAGCAAAUAUAUGUGUUGUAAAAGACAACUGCACUCAUCAUCGAUGUUAACCUUCAUUUUGCACGAGUGUUUUAUGUCCCCUUUUAUUGUAAAUAAAGUGCAACGACGUGGUGUCUUUAUAUGAAGUAAAGUGAAACUCGACUUUGUUGCUUUAGUGCUGACUGCACGUUUCCUGUAUUCUCAACCUGCACAAACCACACCAAAUCGUUACAGCAGAAUUCAGGGUGUUGGUUACUCUCUGGCUAUUCAUCUUUCAUGAAGUAAAGCAGCCUCUGAAUCUCAGGCUGGAGCCAUGAACAUGUAGGGGGUUGGGGGAGCUGCUUGCUGAUAUAAAAUGGCUGACAUUUUGACUGUCAACAGAGGGCAUAUUAUUUUUUUUUCCUCCAACUUGGGCUGGAUGAAGUAGGGAACUAUUUGAAAUGUUUGCUGAACCAAAAAGCAUUACUUUAAAUGAGUGUUGACUGAGUUAUCCUCUACAGAAGGUUUAAGAGGGAAAUGCAGCAGACCAGCACCCUGGAAAUGGGGUGCUUCUUCAAGACACACAAAAAAGGGUGGAUUUAAGCCAACACACAGGUCCAGGGUUCCCCAGACUGAUCCCCUGACCAAGGAGACUGUUUAUUGAUUUAUCACUUCAUGUUACCUGUUACCUGUACCACAAUUAUAACUUAGAAUUGAUUUCAUCAGAUUUUCAGAAGAUACAGCAGGGGUUUCCAGGUGUGGUAAAGACUUAAAGGUUCCUCUUUCUAUUAAAUGAUGCAGAUAACUCACAUUCUACUAGCCACACCUGAAGUGUUAUAACAAAAAUUAACAACUGGCCAGACACUGGUGUGUUUGUCUUUCUCAAAUGUAUAAAGAUGAUAUUAUAAUCACGAGUCGAGCUCUCCUUCAGGCAUAUGUAAAUGUUGUACGGUGGGAUUGCUUUUAUUAUCAGGAUGCCUGGUUUACAAAGCUAUGUGUCUGUUGGUAUGCAAGUGUUUUUGUUUGCGAUAACUGCAGUAUGAUCAAACCCAUGGGUGUGACUCACUUUAAAACUAUGUGGGUUUGUCCUGGCCAGUUAGUUUGUGAAAAAAAAAAGGAACCGCUGGUCUUGUGCCACAUCAUUAGACUAGCGGAGUCUCUGCGAAUGUAAUUGUGACACAUACACUCCUUCAUAAAACUGAAAAUGAAGAUCCAAUCAGAUUCAGGGCCUGAUUGGUUCAUAACGCAACUUUCAGAUUGUAAGCAUUGUAAGAUAACAGUGGAGUAAAAAUAAUGACGCAUACAGACUCUCAUACCUUUUGAAGUGGCCUCAAGGCUAAGAGUCUUUCAAUGCAACUACGACACCAGUGUUUGCUUUCACCUUUUUAAUUCAUUUUCUAUUUUGCCUCUCAAGGCAAAACGGAGGUUGGCGCUCGAUGAUUCAGACCACCAGUAUCAAUCAGAACCAGCCAGAACUCCAAGAGGAAGAGGAGGAGCCACUGUGGCCAAUGGGGCGAGGCUUAAGACCCCAAGAAGUAAGUGACGAUAGCUUGUAGCAAGAAGCUGUGUUAGUGAAAGCACAUGUUCAGCGUUCGCACUGAGCCAAGCUCAUUUGCACAUCUCCUGGUUUGGGCACAGGUUUUCAUGAGAGCUGAUUAGCGGUUAAAAUUAAGCACCUCAUAAUUGUAUUUGUUUCUACUUAGUCCUUGUAACUGUGAGGCAAAAAGAUACUGUAGUGGGAACUUGCAUAGAAACAGACUGUACAUUAGAUGUUAUUAUGCCUGGAUAUACUUUUGCUCCCUGUUUAACGGCAGUAUAACUGGAGAUUUCAUUCACUGAGUGAGUUGGAGGCAGAAACUGCUGCUUAAAGCACUUGAUGCUGAAAGCACUAAAGAGUCAAGAUUGAUGCUAUCAACACAGAGCUAUCAAUGUUUGAUUUCGCUGAUUAGAGUGGGAUGAUUAUUCUUAAGUGGGGUAGUUGUCAACUAUGUGACAAAUAGCAAAGCAUAACAAUUACUUUUUAAAUUUAUAUAAUUUUGAUGGCAUAAUGAAAAUAGUGCAUUAAAUGGAUAUGUCAUUACGUACAGCAAAUAGUGAAUUUAAAUGGAAUAUGAAUAAUCAUUUCAUUGAAGCAUUUUCUGAAUGGUUAAAAACCAAAAUCACAGCAUCGGUUCACCCAGCAUUGUUAAGCUUCAGCCAUAAAACUUUACAAAUGUUGCUGUGCGCAACACCACCAAGUUCACCAGAAUCGACACAGAGUUGAUUCUAAAAAAGGAUUUUGGUAGAUUCUGUGUUGGAUCUCAUUGAAUUGAAAUGUCAAACUCAUUUUACUGUUUUCCUAUAUUGGUUCUACUUUUCUAAUAAACCCACAAUUUCCUCAGCCUCUGAGUAACAGUCAUAACUACUGUUAUAGUGCACUAAAUGGAAUUGCAGUACAUUUCACCGCAGCUUCGAAUGGAAGAAUCUCAAAUAUUUACAGUUCUUGGAUGCUUUUUAAUAUCCGCAGUCUCAAAAUGAUUCAAACUCGUAUUUCAAGUACGAAGGGUGUCGAACAGCACAGACACAAUACGUUGUCGUGGGGGCACAGCUUGUCAACUCAUAGCGUUAACUCCACGUACACAUACACACUCACAUGCUUGCACACACAGCGCUGUUCGGCACAUUGCCCUCUGUUACUACCUGUGAGGAAGGAUUACACUUCUGAACGUUGCACAUUGAAGAUGAAGCGUCACAGUGACGUAAAUAUCCCACCUUGAAUUGGCAGUAUGUAAGCCCCUCAAGUGAAGAGCAGUCAAGUCGUGAAGAGAGACAGCGGAGGGAAGUGUGCUGAUUAUGACAACAAAGCUGCCAUUAGAGAAAUUGGAUCUAAUUUCUGAUCCUUUCACUGCAGCUACUCUGUUUAAAAAAAUCCUUGUCUUUGUACGAACUUGCAGAAAGGAUCCAGCCCUUGUAAUACUGACGUUUGAUUCAUUCCAUUCACUGUUACUCAAAGACGCACAUUUGCCAGUUUGAGUGGUCACAUGUAUGCAGAUAAGAAGUAUACGUGGUAUAUUCUUUUCUCUACAUAUUUGUCACCUUCUGUACCAUUGGCACACGUCUAUGACUCCACCGCUAUGUUACUGUUGAUGGUUGCAAUAAAGUUUAUCUUCCAAAACUUUGGCAGGACGAGUUGUACACUUUUACAACCAGCAAUGUGAUAUCAGGCUGUCUCUCUCUAAGCACAGUUUAAAAAGUGAUGAUCUGGCAGGUUGUUUUCUUCGGAUCAAGUAACAAACAUCAUCAGCAUUAACAUACUCGUGCAAAGAAAAACUUCCUGUGGCAUGAGGUCCUUGUAUAAUUUUAUGACGUUAACUCUUAAUUGUAUUGAAACUUCUGAUAUCUCUCCCCCACAGCACCAAAGUCUCCACCAGAGAAAACACGGUACGACACAUCCCUGGGUCUGUUAACAAAGAAAUUUGUGGACCUUCUUGCUCAGUCCGCUGAUGGUGUUCUGGACCUCAACCUCGCUGCAGAAACCUUGCAGGUAAUAGCGGUGGUAUGGAUAUGAAUAACCUUUUAAAAGAAAAUACAUCUGAUCUUUUUUUGCUUUGUCAGAGGCGACUAAGUAACUGGAAGACUGAUCACAGCCUGGGCACCAAAAUAUAAAAACAGAGCCUAAAGAAAAUUAAGUUUCUAGUCUAUUUACUUCGAUUACAAAGCGCUUUGACAAGUUUUGAUAGUGUUGCUUCAGAUGGUUGUUUCCAAUGUUAAAUCAGCCUCCUUACAGUUAUGUGUGAUCUCCUUCACUUUCAGGUACAGAAAAGGCGCCUGUACGACAUCACCAAUGUACUAGAAGGUAUUCAUCUCAUCAAGAAGAAAUCUAAGAACAACAUUCAGUGGAUGUAAGUGCUUGUUCUUACCUUUGAACCCAAGCAUCCAUCAAGGUCUUUGUGAUAUUCAUCUCAUCAUUACUUUUUCUGUUUUCCUUUUCCCGUCGAUUCUCCUUUUUACGCGUGUAAGAUUUCUUUAAUGUGGUAAUUUGUAGUCCACAUUUCUUUUGUUUAAGUUGAAAAGGUGAAUUCCAUGUAAUGUAAAUGCCAAUAUCUUCAGCUGAAUUCGCCUACAAGAGUAUUUGACUCAAGCUUUGGUACAUUAAUCAGUAAGAUAUAAAUGCCAACAGACAUAGCAGUUAAACAAAAUGUGAUCGAGUACUUUUGUCUUUCAAAAAGCAGAAAUAAUGGCUCAGGUUCAGUUAAAUGGGAGUCAAAGGGGAAUCUGGACUGCUACUAAAUCUGUUCUGAUGCUCUCACACUCACAGGGGCUGCAGUCUGCUGGAGGUAGAGGGGGCACUGAGCCAGAGACAGAGACUGACAGCAGAAGUUUCUGCUCUGGGUGAAGAAGAGCAGAGGCUUGAACAACUCAUCCAGCGAUGCAGCCUGGACAUGAGACACAUGAGUGACUCGCAAAGCAAUCAAAAAUAUCCUUUUGUUGGGAGCCGACGUGUAAUUUCUAAGUUCAGAUGAUUCUUUGUUUGUUCAGACUUCAGUUAACUGUUUUUAGAGCUCUCCAGGGAAGGAAAGGAAAUUGAGGGCAGCAAUGAAUUGUGUGCGUUAUGUGUCUUGUGUGACCCUUUGUUCACCACGCAGUAUUUGUAAUACCUCAAAACUAACCCAACUAAUUAUAACUCCUUUUAGCACUCAAGAUGUACAAGGCUUUAUUAUUCCAUAUAACCAAAGUGUACCUUUUGAAUAUUGUGCCUAAAAUAUCUUGCUGCUUAUCCAGCUCAAAGUAUUUGCAUGUGUAUGUGUGUGUGACAUUGUAAUUACCUCGGCAUACUGGAGGGGUGAACAUAAGCUUUCAUUGAUGUGAAGCAGAAACUUGUCACAACACUGUGGUGCAGUUUCCUUAACCCUUUCGUCUCCACAUAUGCCUAUGUGACGUACCAAGACAUCAAACAGCUGGGUAACCUUCGAGAUCAGACUGUCAUCGUUGUGAAAGCGCCCACAGACACCAAACUUGAAGUACCAGACCCUGACGAGGUACGUAGGAACACAAGCUGGAUCCUCAAUUGUUGUCGUAAUAAAAACUUCUGCAACUUUAACUUCUCGCUCAUCUGACCUUUGACUUGCAUUUCCCAUGAAGAAGAUAGUAAAUCCUAAAGAGCUGCUAGUAUGAUUAUGAGGUAUUGCCCCUGGUCUUGGACCUGCUACUCUGAAAUCAUAAGGAAAUUAACUGAACUGGAUGCACGCACAUAUGUAAUUCUCCUCAGAUUGUAGCAGGUGACACGCGUUGUGAUCAGGUUAGCAGAAUUUUGACUUCCUCAUGGGAAAGCUUUGAAAUACACAAAGCCUUAGUCUGCAAACUUUGGGUUUUGCAAGUUCAUGCUUAUCUGAUUUGUUGCCUGUUGAAUAGUAUCUACAUAUUUUUAUUGUGUAUUGGGUUUUUCUCUAAAGAUUGAUGAAACAGACGUGUACAUUGAAGAAGUCUGUUAUCCUGUAACUCAAGUGUCGCCCUAUUUCUCUUCACAGAGUUUGUCAAUCCAUCUGACUAGCACGAAGGGUCCCAUAGAUGUCCUGCUCUGCCCUGAUGAGGAAAAUGAAUGCAGUAGUCCUGUAAAAAACACCAACACAGAUAUCAACGGGAACUCACCUUUCCUAAAAGUCCUUCAAGGUUUGUUUCAGGUUAUCACAUGUUUACGUAAUUUGGUCUGGAGCUUUUCUUGAUCUUUUAAAGAAAUCACUUUCAUUUUACACAUUCAAACCUAUCUGUUCUGCUGUGUAACUGCUGUCUUACUGGACAGCUGUGGCUUGUGGGAGUGCAGUGCUGCGACUGCAAGCCCGACAUUGAUUAAGCCUUAUUCACACAGAUCAGUAUUACAGAGAGACCUCUGAUCAUUUGUAAUAGUCAUGUAAGACGUCUGCGUUUUUAAUCCUCUAGGAGUUGACCAUGUCUGUAAUUGUGAAAACAUUGAAUAUCCACAUGGCUUUUUUCAUUUCAUUUUUCUCACAUACCGGAUAAACAAUUAACGGACAUGGAAGACUUAAACUGGAAAGUGUAGUGGUCAAUCUAGUGUACAGAGAGGGUCAGUAUUGACUGGGAGAGGCUCUGAAUGUCUGUUGUGAAAUUAAAAGCAGUCACAUCAUGUGUUGUGGAUUUCUGACGGGCUGUCUGAAAUUGUUAAGAAAAAAAACACAUGGUUCAUAUAAAGGUGAAAUAUUUAUCCAUUCUUUUAAAAUCCAGAGUUUGUUGUGUCAAUGCAAGUACCCCUGAUGCUUUAAUUCAUAUUAAUCCUUAUUACAUUAAAUCUUAAGCUUUUAUUACCUGGUAGAACUGAACACAGCUCUGCUAAAUGACCAUAUUGCGUAAUAUGCAGGUGGCUGUCACUCUUUUCACCUUCUAGUCCAAAAUAUUUCCACACUGCUGACACUAAAGCCAUAGGAUUGCUAAUGCUAAUUGAUCGGACUAUCCUUUGUUUAUACUUUAGCCUUUGAAUCAUUUCCUUGGAGAGUGACCGUAGAGCUGGAAAUCCCCAACAAAUAGUUCAAACUGAUCACAACUAUUCAAAACAAGCAUCUUCUCACAGUGAAUUUUCCCAGAAGAUCCCCUGCUGCACUCUCACAUGACUUUACCUUGGAGUUAUCCCAGAGGGGGAAAACUUUGACUACUGCUGUCUUCACACUUGUGGCUCACCUGGGUAUUUGAAGGAACUUUUUGGGAACUUUAUUCAUGUCUGAAAAUGGUAAAGGGUCUCCUUUUUUUCCCCCCACAGAUCCCAGCUGCACGACCACUUCUCCAAACCCUUCCCUGCCUCCACCCUCCACUGCUUCAGCUGUCUCCGUCACGACUCUUUCCCCCCUCUCGUCCCCUUUCACCAGUCUCUUACAGCAGACAGAGGAUCAGAUCGCUUCAUCUCUGGGACCUUUCUUAAACCUUGGGCCUCCUCUCAUUGACCAAGACGACUACCUUUUAGGUUUGGGAGAUGACCAGGGGAUUAGCGACUUGUUUGAUGCCUGUGACUUUGAUAAAAUGCCCUCUCUCGGCCUGGAUGAUCUCCUCUGCAGCUAG